AUGAAAGUCGACCUCACAUUCAACAAGGAAGGCAUUAAGGCGCACAAUUUCUUAAGACGACUUCAUGGUUGCACUCCGCUUGUAAUGGGAUUGGAUCUCGCGGAGUCGGCGCAAGCCUACGCGGCGGUGCUGGCUCGUGAAAAUGGCCUCCGACACAGUGGACUUCCUGAUGUCGGUGAAAAUUUGGCCAGAUUAGACGGCUCUCCUCCAAUGAAGGAUAUUUCUGCCGCUCAGGUCACAUUGUUGUGGUACAAUGAGAUAAAGAAUUAUCCCUUUGUUGGAGAAGAUCCAAUCCGCUGUGGUCAUUUUUCUCAGCUAAUUUGGAAGAAUACAACCGCGGUGGGCAUGGGAGUAGCCGAGUCGGCGGACAAGACGGCGGUGACUGUUGUUGCCCACUAUCGACCACCGGGAAAUUUUAGGGGUCAGUGGGGCAACAACGUGCCCCGUUUAAUUCACGGCAUACCACACGCCUUCAGUGUUGAAGAAUUGACGAAAGCCAUGAACGCGGAGCCCAAGUCUGUGAAAAAGGAGGAACGCGCGACUCCAAGCAGUCCCCAGACUUCGGCCCGAGAUACUCCAGGUGAGCUCGCAAUCGUGGAACACCUUUUCAUCAAGUUGCUUUCAACCCAAAUAGGAGAAUCACUUUGUUCUAGCCUGCAUGAAACCGAGUUCCCAAGUGCGUCCCCCUCCAGCAAGGAAAUGUGUCGUGUCCAGAGUCCAAAAGCUGAUUUACCACCGACACUACCGACACAAAUGAAUGAGGAGGAGUCCGCAGGAAGUGCCUCAAAGGUGGAAGUGAAUUUUGCUUCCUUGAAGCCUCGCCAGAUUGAUGAGGGUGCGGUCUUCGCGAUGGAGGUCUUUAUGGCGUUGAAUCAACGACGCGUCGCCCUUGGCUUACCGCCAUUUCUACUAAACGAAGAUUUUGACCACCUGGCUCAAGAAUUAGCAAAAGGAUUAAAAAGCGGUGAUUCCCGUGACAUUCCAGAAGGCACAUGGCAAGGUAGAAGGACUCGACACUACUCUGAAUGCUCGUGUUUAUUGCACAGAAAUGCAACAAAGUUUGUUCAACGAUGUUAUCUCACAAAACUGCGCAUGUCAGUUGCUGAUCCGAAUUGCAAGUACGUGACAAUCGGAUGCGAACUUAAUCCACCCUUCAAGCGGUCUUCAAUUGUCAUUUUAUUUGCUUAA